UAUGAUCGCGGCACGAAGAGUGCGGGGAGAAAGAAUAGGGCGCAACUGAUGGUGGUGACAGGGCGGCUCUGAGACAGUCGACGCGCUCUCGGCUGUAGUAAACGCGCGAUCAAAUUUGUCCAGCGCUGCACUGACUACCGUCGUUCUGUUGUGAUAGUGUCCUAGUCAGUACGGGUAACUCUGCUAGUCUCUUGAUCACAUGGAUUAUCUCCUCUUUCAAAACAAAACCAAAUAAUAUAAAAGAAAAACAAAACAAAUUAAAAGGUGUACUCAUGGAUCGUGCAAUGGCUUAUACUCUUUCUUUAUUGGAUGGAUAUUAAAUCAAAAUGCAUAGAAGAACAUUCUGGAAGAGCCAAGGACAUCAUGAUAAGCCAGACAAGAUCAACGUCUCCUAAGACCUAACGUUAGUACACUCGUAAGUCCGCACUAGCCUUGGUCCAGCCAAUCACAUAUUGAUCUCCGGUGAUGUAAUUUCCGCCACAAAUAGUCCAGAAUUCCCUACGGAUCACCAAAGGUUUACAAAGAAAACGCAAUUCUAUCGAGUUCGAUAACCCAUAGCCAUGCCUGUAUGUUUAUACCAACGUUCUGUCGGGUUGUCGACCCUUUUAGCCGUCCUUCAAGUUUACUUUUCCGUGGUGAGUUCCCAGUCUCUCAAGGUCACGCUCGGACCGUUAAAGGAAGAGCAGAAGACGGGUACCUACGUGGGGAACAUCGCCAGCGCCACUUCCAUCAGCAGGGAGGUCAGCCAGACCGAGUUUAACACCCUUAAGUUCGAGUUCCUGGACUCCUCCAACCGUGACGGGCAAAUGUUCUCCAUCAACGGGCGCUCUGGGGCGCUGUUCACCCAGACCACCAUUGACCGGGAGACGGUGUGCGAAGACAUACUCGUCUGCCAAGUGAAGUUCGACGUGACGGUCAGCUCGGACGUGACGUCGUACCUGAGGCUGGUGGAAGUGACCAUCAACAUCACGGACAUCAACGACAACGUGCCGUCCUUUGACGUUGACCAGUUUGAGAUGGAGAUCCAGGAGAACAACGCGGAUAGUCUGACCAAGCCACUGCCCUCUGCCGUGGACAGGGACAUAGGAGAGAAUGGCAUUCAACAUUACACUCUGCUCUCUAUAACAAACGAUUUCUCGCUCAAUGUGGAGAGGACACUCAACAAUAAGUUCAGGUUGUCCCUGAUGGUCAACACUGUCCUGGACAGGGAGAGACAGGAUCGCUACGUUCUGCUAAUUGCCGCUUCUGAUGGAGGACCUCAGCCCAUGACAGGCACUCUGACAGUCCAUGUCAACGUGACCGACGUGAAUGACAACAGCCCAGUCUUUUCUCAGCAGGACUACUCCUUCAGCGUGGUGGAGACAGCGAAGGUCGGGGACAUCAUUGGCAAGGUCACAGCCUCGGACAGAGACAUUGGAAAGAACGCUGAUAUCAGGUACUCAUUGAUCGUGUCCGGCCGGGACAGUCGAGCCAAACAGUUGUUCGCCAUUGACAAGUCCACGGGAGAGAUCACCAUCAUAGCCCCUUUACAGUACGAUGCGGGGCAGACCUUUGAGACCGUGGUGGAGGCUCGAGACAAGGGCGAUGUACCAAGAAUAGCCGAGGCGAGGCUGAUCUUGACGGUGGUCAACGUGGGCAACAACGCCCCGCGCCUGAAAGUGCAGCUUCAGAAAACCGUUGACAGCAUGGUGUACAUUUCUGAGGGCGCCAAGAACAACACAUUUAUUGGGAAACUGGAGGCGAAAGAUAACGAUCCUGGUGACAGUGGCGUAGUCACGUGUAGGUCAGGGAACCCCAACUUCAGAACCGACCCCUUAGGGGGAUCAGACUUCGCUAUCAUUAUGAACGGCUCCCUGGACCGCGAGCAGGCGGAGGAGUUCGAGGUCAGGCUGAUCUGCAACGAUGCCGGUUCUCCCCCAAAGACAUCGUCCAUCACCUUUAAAGUGUAUGUGACUGACAUCAACGACAACCCGCCGAUGUUUAGUCAGUCUGUCUACGUCGUCAACGUCACGGAGGAGAACAUCGUGGGCAAACCGAUCCUUAAGUUGACAGCCGACGAUCCUGACUCCGGGGUCAACAAAAUCUUUACGUAUUCCUUGUUCCCGAAAGAGAACAGUGUGUUCUCCAUAGACAGAGACAGCGGCAUCCUGAAAGCAAGGACCACGUUUGAUCACGAGGUGGAGAAAAAGUUGAACGUGAUCGUCUUGGCGACAGACGAAGGGCGCCCUUCUUUGGUGUCCACCGCCACGGUGAUGGUGAACAUUCUGGAUAUCAAUGACAACUAUCCUGAAAUUAUUACCAGAGAGCUUCACGUUCCAGAGGGAGGCGGCAAAAUGAAGUUUGUCGGCAAACUGGAAGGAACUGACAAGGAUUCUGGGAUUAAUGCUGAGCUGGUCUUCUCCAUGCCUCCAACGGAAGACAAGACUGAUCAGAUCUUUAAGGUCAACCCUGACGGGAGUAUCUACGCCCUUCAGGAACUGGAUAGAGAAACACAGGACCGUUAUAUACUUUUCUUAGAGGUUAGGGACAAAGGGGUCGAGCCCAAGUCCAGAUCUGGGACCGUGACUGUGAUUGUAGAGGAUAUCAAUGAUCAUGCCCCGUUCUUUCAUUACCCGACACAGAAGAACCAGACUGUGUCUUUCAUCUGGUCACUCCCAACACAUCGGGAAAUAACCCGAGUAAACGCAACGGAUGAAGAUCUCGGUGAGAAUCGGACGAUUUCGUACUACAUCGCUUCCGGUAAUAAAGCUGAACUGUUUGCGCUGGACGAGAAGACCGGGGUUUUGUAUCUUCAGAGGCGUGUCAAGUCGUCAGACGAUCAGAUACACAGGCUGCUGAUUUCCGCCCACGACAGGGGCGUCGUCUCCCUGGAGAGCCAAUCCUUCUUAGAGGUGGUCAUCGACGUGACCAACGCCACCUUCGCCGCCCUCGAGGACAGGGCCGUGGAGGAGAAGUACAUCCUUAUCGCCGGGGUAGUGGCCGGGGCCACCCUACUCUUCUCCAUUAUCAUCUUGGUCAUCAUCUUUCUCAUCCGCCGGGGAAACCACCGGCGCCCGUCUCCGCCACCCGAAAAGCACCCGGAUUGGCACGUGGUGAAGACGGGCAUACAGGAGGAAUGCGGCAAGGGGCAGGUGGAGAAAGUGGCGUGGCGAGGCUCGGACAUUGACAUUGACAUUGACUUGAAAAGUCAAGAUGGUAUGGACAGGGGUCUCAGCGGCGGCUACUCGCCGGAGUCUCAGCCGGACGUCACUAAAACGGGAAGUGAGACUACGUACAAGAAACCUCUGACCAGUAACGGCUCCCCAUGGCAUGACAAUGGCCAUGGUCCAACGACGAUAACACUUGACCCCUACAGGAAGCAGGAUUUCUACACAUUCUGUAAAGUUCGCAGCAGUCCCCAUGACGACGGAAAUAGUGUCACUUCCGGGGAGACAACAACUAGCGACAGUGGGCGUGGCGGAAGCGAGGACGACAUUCCUUUGCCUCCUAUAGCAGAGUGCUCACCUGAACUCAACAGUACCCACACUAGCCCCAAACAUGCUGUUGAAUACCGACCCAUCACGACCUUGCCCCUGAACAAUCUCAGUCGCCAGCCAAUCAAAACAGACUACAGAACGAUGCCUUCUUUAAGCAGCUUUCGGGGCCCGGAUAUCAAAAUGUAUCCCGUGUCCUCCCACCCGCUCCAGAGUGACGCCUCUCUCAACCACGCCUACAACAAUGACAAGGUCCACCCCUCUUCCAGGAACGGCCCCGCCUACACCAGUCUGGCGCAGAUAAAAAACGCCGGCAACAGUCGUCACGUGACAUUUUCCACCAACCAAGGGCGUGGCACCGGCCAGCCCAGGGAGGAGCCUUCCACAUUAGGGCGGCACUCGCCUUAUUCCCCGGGCUACGACACCAUGCUGCCUGACAUGGGCGGCAUUUUCAUCAGUAUGCCUCGAGGGAGCGGGGACGACGAUGAUGGAAACACCACCACCUCUGGUAGCUACACUAUUGACUCAGACAACCUCAAUGACUCUAUUACGUCUGCUUGAGGUCCACGACGCCAACUGCUAAGAUGUGCCUAACAACUUCUUGAACUAAGUUUCGGAGACCAGGAAUAACACUAAACAAUCUACUGCUAAUGCUAACGGCAUCACCAAAUACAUUGACACUAAUUGGAAAUAAUACCAAAUUGUCAUUUUUUAAUCGGUCAUAUCAGUUUGUUCUGAUAACUCCAGAAUGAGGCUGUUAUUUCUUAAACGUAUCAAAAGACGAAGCCUGCACAGCAGUUGCCAGUCUAAACACAGGUCUGACAUUUCACGAGAAGUUACACAGCUCGCGAUUGUAACUUGUAACUAUAACUGUUUUAUUCAUAACUUUGUUAACAGUCAGUGUUAAUCCUAUUUCAUAAUGAAAGUGUGACGCGAGGUUUUAAUUAUAUCUUGAUCUUAAGAAAACGUUUCGUUAACUGAUAACUGAGUUACUAAUUAAAGAAAUAACGUCUGUAAUCAAUUAUAACAUAAGCAGCAAGAUUGACAUAAUGGGCUUUUCAUUGCCUUUUAUCUCUUUCAAAACUUGAUUUUCCAAGUUUUAGGAAUCGCCAACAAGUGUCAGCUACUCAUCGAUGCUGCUUAGACACGAAAUAUCCUGACAAUCACCGAAUUCUCAGUCAUCACCUGAAUUUGAACCUCAGAUACUGUGAAUCGGAGGUCGAGCAAAUCACCACUCCGACGCCAAAACUGGCUGAAAAUUGUCAAGCAUUCAGUUGGCCAAGACACCCCCCCCCUCCCACUAAAGAUCCUUAAGAAGGAGUUACGCGAUGGCCUUACUUCUAAAUUAAUGUGCUACUGCCGGGAUGUGCUAUCAUAGUUCUGGUCUGGGCAUAUCUCAAUUUAUGUUUCUACUAUUAUCUUUACUCAUUUACAUUGUCUGCUACACAAUUUUCAUUAUCAACUCAUCAAAGGUCUCCUUACCCAAUGGAGCGAGACAUAUAUCUUGUCACUUAGGCCAGGAUUUCGAGGCCCAUAGCUUAUAUUUGCUGCCUCUCCCAGAUGCAUUUUUUGCAUACCGUUUAUGCAUAAGGAAUUAUACUAGAUAACCCAUCCCACAACAACACACACACACACGCUUGCCACCAAAACACGUAAUACCAACGAAGGUCUUUUAAUUGAGAGACAAAAAGGAUGUGGUCAGCAAGUCCGUGCUACAAAAACGUCCAAGAAGAGGCGUGGUAGUCUACGUAUUCCUAACCAAUGAUUCAUGAGUCCGUCUAUCGGAAAGAAAUAUUUGUAAGAAUGUCUGUCUAAGAGAUGUCAGUCAUUGAGUCCGUGAAUAAAAAGAAGUCUCGAAAGAAAUGUUGGUUCAGAAAGACAACUAAAACGCCAUCGUCAUGUGAAAUAUAUAUUUUUAAAAAUGUGUAUGUUUGAAUUGACGAAGAUCAUCACUGUACCCUAAAUUUGAGUAAAACUAAUUUUAAAAUAAAACGUGAGCCUUUAAAUAUGACAUUCGCAAAGACUUUAAUGUUGCCUCGAUCAGUUGUUACAUCCCAGGAGGGAAGGUCUUUAGCAAAGAGAUGCUGUAACAAGGAAAACCAAAACAUAGAACUUAGCGCCAUUCACUGAACAGCACGCGAACAUCUCAGUAAAGAGGAAUUUGGGGGCCUCCAACAAUGCGGGAGGAUCUAAGUAAAAUGUAAAAUUUGGAUGAAAUUAAAUGCCCUAUGUCAGUGUCCUUUUCUUUGGGUCAAAACAACAACAAUCGCUGUAUCUGAGCUUCUCAAAACUUGAUCAUUAAGUUACGUUGGAAGAGGCUCAUUGAUUUGUCUGAGCUCUUCUCUGGUCUUCGAUGCCAAAUCUUUUAUAGUUUUUUUUUUAUUUAACAGAGCUUUGUCAACUGCAUGUACUUAUUUAUAGGUAACAAGGAUUUUGUACCAACUUUGACUUUAUGCAAUAGCAAGGUGUCAGUCUGUAACUAAGUGUCAUGCUAUGAAAACAAAAAAAGUUAUUCUGUGACCUGUUGCCUAGUUGUUCACUGAGAUACAUAUUUGUGGAUGAAAUGUAUGAACUCGUUUAAUAUUGUAAUCUUUUGUUUCUUCCACACGAGCAUAAAACAGUGUUAGGUGGCAGCAGAUCUGUGUCUUAAAAUUAAAACAAAACACAUUUUAGAGUUGGGAGGAUCGUUCAUUUUGCAGACGAUUUAAGAAAAUGUGAUGCGCAUGUAAGUUAGCCAAACGUUAGCGAGACCAUAUGUAGCUUUUCAAAUAUCAACAAGACUUUGUAUUUCCGCAAAUCGUGACAUAAGCAGCACGUUUGACUUGACAAAUGCCUAUUGCUAGACUGGGACGUUUUAGAAUCUUGAAAAUCCAUUUCCCUUAUUCAUGAUUUGACGAAAAAAAACACCUUUAGCUUCAUUUCUAGUCAGUCAACACACUUCCAUCAUUAAUUAAAGACAAAAACAAACUUAAAAGCUUGAAACAGCCCUCCCCGCCCCUGCUCAUAUUUUGACACUCGUACUCUAUCAUCAUGCCAAUAUAGGCCCAGAAGCGGAUAUCAUUUGAAGGGUUCUGACCAAGUGUCGGAAAGUUCUGAACUUCUGUGUGAAGCUGAAAUUAAGGUGCCCUUGUAAUGUGUCUGAUUGUAAAUAGCCUGGGCCUCAUACAAACAAAAUUGAUAAAGUUUACUUAUAUUUAGAACUGCAGCUGAAAAACGUAUCAAAAUUUUAUGUAGAGAAAUAAUAUAGCCAAAACCUUUCUUUUUUUUAUCUGCACUAGUCAACAUUACCACCCUGCUCUUCGUUACCAGGCAACGGUUUUGUUUACAGAAAUACCACCCAUUUCAUUCAAAUGCUAUGCUCUUGUAAGGAAAUCCUAUCUUGUAUAUUUAGCAGUUUAUUUAACUUUUCUUUGGCAUUUAUUUCUCGAUGUAUAUUUCAUAGUAGGCCCUAUUGAUACUUUGGAAACAUUAUUACACAAUGGCGCAAUUAAAAAUCUUAUGUCUAAAAAUGUGGCUUUUUUAUUCAGAUUAUUGAAACAUGACACUUCUUUAAAAAUACAAUUUUCGCAUUGAAUGUAUUGAUCAAUUUGUGUUAUGUUUUAAAGAUUCUAUAAAUUGUUAAUGCUACAGUUUUAUGUGAGUUGUAUAUGACUCCAGCUUGUCACAGGAAGAAUAGUAGAGAAUAUAUGUAAUAACUAUAUAUUUUUAUACUAUACUUAUAUGAAUGUGGAUCAUCUUUUCUUUAGGUGUACUAAGGUUUUGUACAUUUCGCUGAUACACUUUGGACAGGCGGCAUUGCAUGCUAUAGUCCAGAAUCGUCAAAUAGUAUACCCAUAAUUAAGUAGUCAGGAAAGACACAAGUGACUGACUUGAAACUAGUAAAUAAAACGUCUCUAAACAACGCAGUGCCUCAAGUAUUUUGUAGCUGUAACAUGCAGAUGCAGUACAGAUGAAAAUAUCUUCGACAUAAUUCUUAAAGGAAGUACUGUUUUUCGAAGAGACAUAUUUAACUAAUGAAAAAAAAAUGCAAAUGUAAAAAAUUGUGGACACCCUAACCCUAACCUUUACCCUGUUAUGUAUGUGUGUGUGUGUGUGUGUGUGAGAGAGAGAGAGAGAAAGAAAGAGAACUCGUACUGUUCACACUUCAGAUGUUAUUUAUCAAAAUGUUUUGCUAUUUUUAUCAAUUACGCUCAAUGUACAAGAUCAAAAGAAUGUUACUGUAGUGCUGUUGUUUGGAUGUACAAGAUUAAAAGGAUGUUUCUAUAAUGCUGUUGUUUGGAACUCUUAAGAUUGAAAGAAUGUUACUGUAGUGCUGUUGUUUGAAUGUACAAGAUUAACAAGAAUGUUACUGUAGUGCUGUUGUUUGAAUGUGGUAAGAAUGAAACGUUCUAAAACUCCGUUGCAAAACGAAGCUACUGGACAUGUUUUUACUUCGUCGGACUUGAUUUUAUUGUGAUUCUAGACAACGGCUGUGGAGACACGAUUACCCCCCCCACCCCCUAUCUCUCUCUCUCUCUCUCUCUCUCUUUCUCUCUCUCUCUCUCUCUCUUUAAUCUUGACCUAACAAUGGUUCACCAAAGACUAUUCAAUCUAGUGAACGGUAAAGUUACUGUUGCUGUUUUGUAGAGUGAUUGAAUUCGGAAGUUGGGAAUAGGUGUGGUUAGAAAUAUUAGGCUUUGUCUUAGGAAAUGCACGCUAUCCUUUCUGUAUUAAGAAUCAUUAUAAGCUGCAUUAGUAUUGUUUCUAGUAACAGUGCCGGCCUUAGAUAAUUGGAGGCCCUUCGGUGGCCCAAGAUGAAAUAGAAAACGUAAAAAUAAGCUGCAAAAAAAUAAAAUAACGUAAUUUAUUUAAACCCUAGUCAGGCUAGUGUACUUCAACAAUAACAUUGGGCACAAGUCUCGCUAUUUCUUCUCUGAAAAAAGAAAUGGCCUCUGAGUCCUGUGCGAGGCACCCAUCAACCGGAGACCCUGGUUUGCCGGCCGGCCUUGUCAGUAAGCAUUAGUUCUACAUUGCUUUGUUAAAAGAAUCGUCAAACACACAUACAGUAUAAAUCUUUAAUAUAGAUUUUCGUACGUAGCAUGAUACUGAUUAAGAAAUUCACUUUGUGAGUCUGUGUAUAAAUCAUGUGGAUGUUUCCUUGGUGAAGAAAAUGGAUCAAUAUCGGAUGGAUAUUUUUUUAAAAUAAUAUAAUGUUGAUGUUUUUUUUUCCUUCCCUUUCAAAUCGCCAAAUUUAUAUUUCACAUUUUUAAUUUUUGAAUUGUAACCAUUUUUAUUUUAAAUCAGACAUGCUACAUAUUGCCAAAGUAAUCAUCACGUCUUCUUAUACAGCAAAGUGGACGUUUGUAUAAUACGUAGCCUUAAUAUUCUAUGAUUUACUGUCAUGUACGUCCGUCGCUUUUGCUUAGGUAAAUAAACACAUCGCCAAACGUCAUUGGUUCUAAGAAGAACAGUUGAUUGUUUUUUUAGUAAUAAGAAUAAUUCUUGUCUUCAAGUCCGAAGAUUAUUGAGGAAUGCAGUAUUUCCCGUGGAUACGCAGCCCCAGCUGUGACCUACAUAUUUUGCCACAUCUAUCCACUAGCCUGACUGUUUUUAUAGUGCACUUGAAAAUAUUACGGCAAUUUUAUCUUUUGAGCAUUCAUAUAAGAGCUUGAUGUGGAAGAGAAACUGUGUAACCUGUUUCAGAGGCGGCGUUUCAGGGUGUUGAAGAGUUUAGGCUACCCAAGGGCCCGUGGAUGAGGGAAGCCAGCAACACGGAGGUUCAUUUCAUCACAAAAUGUCUCUUCCACGCAUUUUAAUAUACCAAUGCAGCUUGUUAAAGACUAAAGGACAGACAAAUUGCUAUAUCUUUACGAAAAAAAAAAAGUUUUAGUUAGGGUUAGUGUUAGGGUUAGUGUUAGGGUUAGGGUUAGUGUUAGGGUUAGUGUUAGGGUUAGUGUUAGGGUUAGUGUUGACCACUCGCCGAAGGCACCACGUAAUGCUAAGGAAGCCCCAGGUGCGUUUCAACCUUUCAAACAUCUCGGGAUCGAGUGAGGCCAUGUUUUAUCCGUUUUGAGAAAUCAGGGUUUUGGGAUCAAGCAUGUACACCCUACCUUUUGCAGGGGAGCAAGUGUAAAAUGUAUAUUUGGAGAUUGUGGUACUCCUUUUAUUCUAUAGAAAUAAAUACAAUAAAGUAAAAAUGUUCAUAAACAGAAUAGGUCUGAUAUAUUUCCAUAUUUUUAUCUUUUAUCCAUAAUACAUUGUAAUCUGUUAUUGAUGAAUGUUUUUCAAAGAGAACAUGUCUAUUUCUUAUAAUAUUUUUUUAAAUCUCAUUACAGCCUGUACAUUAUGCAUAUAUUUUCUGUGCCUCUUUUUGAAUUGUAUAAAGCAGACGUCAAGAAUUGCGUCAUCUCAAAGAAAAAAGAAUUUGAAAUUUGUAAUAUAAUUUGCAUUUGAACUUAUUAACUUAAAUUACGGGGAGAUCACUGUGAAAUAUUCCAUUCCAAUUAUCUUUCCUUCUUUAACAUAAAAAAAGUGAAAAAAAAUUUAAUUAUAUUGUAAUGUAAUGUAAAUUAAUACAAGUGUUUUUAAUUGUAUAUUUAAAUCAGCUAUGUUUAUCAUGAAUUUCGUACAAGCUGUAUUUAUGUUUCAUUCAAUAAGUGUAAAAUAUUAACGCCUGCAAACAGUGGAUUGUUCUGAAUCAUGUGUGUGCAAAUCAUUUUUAUCUUUAUGAGGCUCUAUUUUGUUCUUUUUUUCUAUUUCCUAUCAGAGUUUUAUUCCCAUUCCAAUGUGUUUGAUAUGAUUUAUUUUGGUUUGAUUCAGACAUUUUCCAUUUUUUGGUUAAUAAAGUAUGAUUUAUCAAUUUUGCUGAGA